UGAGGUCAGAAGGAAUAUUUUUGAGACCUCUGAAGCAUAAGGUCCCUGCCAGUAGUUGUAACUAGAAGCUUUCUGGCAAAGGUCCAGAAGGCUGGCUAAGGCCAAGGACUCUGCUCUGGGCUUGCCCAGGUUCAGUACCCAUUCAAGCGGCCCCCAUCAAAGAGUGUUCAGGCUGGCAGGGUCCUAUGUGACCAAUGGGUCAGCACCCUUAUCUCUCACGUGAGGGAACUGAGGCCUGGGGCUGGGGCUUGUCCUUCAGCACCUCUGCAAUCAGGCAGAACUUUGCCUCUACCUAGCACCCUGGCUCUUGAAGUGGAAGCUGAGCUCUGAGGUUUGGAAUCUGACCCAGAGGUCCUGUGAAAUCCUGUCUGCUCUCUUUCACUAGACCACUUACUGUUGAGGCUGGAGGGGACACUUUGGCAAAUGAACUGCUCGGAAAGGCCAAAAGAGUGCAGAAGGUUCUGGGAAAUAGAAGACCCCACAGCCCGACUGGCUUUGGUGGCCUAAGAAUGGACUCUCCUGCCUGUGCUGCUUCCGCCACCCCUGUUCCAGCCCUGACCCUGGCCCUCGCUCUGGCCCCAGCACAAGCCCCACUGGCACUCCCUGGCCUAUUAAGCCCAUCUCCUCUUCUCUCCUCUGGACAAGAAGUAGACGGGAGUGAAAGAGGAGCUUGUCUCUGGAGGCCCUGGCUGUCCUCCACAAAUGACUCCCGAAGGCACAUGAGGAAGCUGGUGGAUUUGGCUGCUAGUGGGACAACAGCUGCUGAGGUCACCAAGGCUGAAUCCAAGUUCCAUCACCCUGUCAGGCUCUUCUGGCCUAAAUCUCACUCCUUCGACUAUCUGUACAGUGCUGGGGAGACUUUAUUGCAGAACUUUCCUGUCCAGGCAACCAUCAACCUGUAUGAGGACUCAGACAGCAAAGAAGAAGAAGAGGAUGAAGAAGAGGAGGAUGAAGAAGAGGAGGAGAAGUAGGAGGCUGAUGAAAAGGAGCCAGAAGGGUGUUUGAGGGUACCAGGGUCCAUAUCUUACAGCGCCAUAUAGCUCAUUCAUCUUCCCCACCCCUGGCCUAUCCAAAUGGAGGCAGCCAGAGUCUGAUUGGGAUUGUUUGUUAGGCAAGUUUCCACAGAUUUCAAUUAGCCAGGAGUAUUAGUCCAGCAGAUAGAGAUUUCUGGACUGAAAAUUGGGUCCUCUAGCUGCCCAGCUCACCCUGGCUUACCUGACUGCCUUGUGAGCCCAGACCUCUGGCAUCUCAUUGUCUGGGCUGCUGUUGUGUUGACAAUGGGAGCGUUCUAGGAGCUCUAGAAAAAGGAAGGCUUGCUGAAGCCCCAGGAAGCAGAGCAGGACAGGGCACGCCCUUGCGGAGGGAAGUCGUUACUCCUCAGGCCCUUUGACUCCGCAGCCUUCCCAGGUGGCCGUGUAGUCCCGUCUCUCUGUGGAAAGCCUGACUUCUGGCUUCACCCCCAGGAAUACCAACAGCAGAUCCAUGCAAGGUUGGGGUGCCUUUUUGAUGAGUCUUACAGGAAGGGAAGGGGGCGUGUAGAGAAUCGGCUUGCUCUGAAGAUGCCCCCCAUUUUGCCUGCUAUCCAUUGAAGUCUGUGUGUUGGCAUGAGAUGAAUCAGGAGAAAAAUAAACUUGAUGAUGUUUUUCUUUUUCUUGGAA